CUGGCCAGUUAGAAUCUUGCUGGUUACUGUGGUGACAGCAGUAAACAGGUUCAUAUGAUCCCAGAUCCAUGGGUUCACCCUAAGGGAUGCUGACUAGAAUUGACACUGAGCAUGGGUGAGGAACACUGGGGAAAAAUUCACCCUCAUGUUUACCUGGGGGGGGGGGGACAUAGCAGAGCAUCACGAAAGACAGAAUGUGUUAUGGCAACAUCAGCAGGGUGGCGCUAUUUCUCCAUGGAAGAAAGAGGGAGGGAGAUAGGACGGGGAACAGAUUCCUCCCCAGUGGGAUCAUAAGCAACCAGAUACUAGGGGAUAAUAGAAUAGCAGGAAGACCUCAAGGCAGCAAAAGAAGGCCAUUCAUCAGCAUUUUACACAACCCUUUUCAAAGAUCCAGUAGUUUAGAACCUCCAGCAACAGGAGUUGGGGAAAAGUCAAACAAGGUGGGCAUUAUUGAGCACAGCAUGCAUUCAUGCGGGGUUAAGGCCCAAAGGAAGGAGGGAUGGAGAGCAGCAACUGAAGAGUAGAGAGGGAACUGGAGAAAAGGGUCUCUAAAAUACCUAACAAUUAGAAGUGGUAAAGAGGCUGACCUAACAAUAAGAAAACCACUUUGCUAAGGAAGUGCUGAUUCUUGCGAAGGCUGAUCAGGAACUGAAGGGAUCUUUACACUCCUGCUCACUUUGUUUGCAUUGCAGAUCAGGCUCCGAACAGCAGGCGGACCGAAGGGGGCAACAGCCAGCCUCAGAGCACCCAAGUGACUACCAGCUCCACGGUGGGAGAAUGUCAACACAGCAUCUCCCACUCAUCAGCACCAUGUGAGAACUGUGGUUGGUUGCAGGCUCAAGGAUCAGCUCUGCCCUUUCAACCAAACCAAGGCAGCACCACCACCCAGGGAUACCUUCAUGGUGAAAUACCUCUCUUGCAGGGUGUACAGAAUGAUCCGCAGCAGAUGUUCACCCCAAUAGCUCUCCGUCCUUCUCUCCAUGGGUGGGGCACAACUGGACAUCUCUCAGUGCCUUUGUUUGCACCACUGCAAACGCAGCACAGGGACUUUGCAACAGCCAGACCUAUGAAUCAAUUAUAUAGACAACCUCACCUCCAGCUGGUUCAGGUGCAGCCUCCUGGUCUUGGACCCAUUCGCCCAACCACGUUCCAGGACGGGAUGGGCCUCUACCACCAUGGAACAUUAGCUCCCAUCCCACUGGAGCAGAGGAACCCGAUCGUCCGGAUUGGUAGCGCUGUCCCUAUGCCACCAGCUGCGAACAAUGAAAUGCUCCUGGUCCUCCAGCAGGUGGAACCUCAGCCCACCCUGGAACCUGCCCCAGCCACUGGGUACUUUCCAGCCUCACAAGUGGUACAAGUCCCACAUGGACUUCAGGGGACAGGAGCAGUCAGUGCCCAAGUGACAGAUGUCCUAGGUGCAUCUAUCGCACAAGAAAAACUGGAAGAAACCCAGCUCAACAAUGCUGCGCUGAAUGUGGUGGAACAUCCGCCGCCACCUCCCCAACCAGCCGAUGAAGAAAGUCUCCUCCGAGACGAGUUCCAGCUGCCAGAGGACCUCCUCUCCAAGUAUCCCGAGAUAGAGACCCUGAUUGCUUCACUGGAGCCGCUUAUUCCAGAAGGCCUCUUUCCACCUCUUGCUUCCAGUGAGACAACCAAAGGCAGUGAAGGAAUGCUGGCGGAGGCCUGCCUUCCAGAGGAAGCCCUGGGGAGCCACCAGUCAUUAACACCAGUGUCCACAAGGUCUUUCAGAGUAGAGGCAAAGUCAAUCGCGGAUGCCCCUGAGCCAUGCAAAGAGGUGCCAAAAGUCCUGCACCCACAUUCCUUUGUGAAAGAUCUAAACAUCAAGGGCACAGAGGUGACCAUACUCAGAAAGGGCUCAGCAACACAGGGACAGGCAUCACUUCCUUCAACAGAUGAGCAGGAUACAAAACUGAAUAAGCCCUCGGGCAAUCCACUGAUCCAGCGCCCAGUUUACAUCUUAAAAGAUAUCGGGUUUCCAUUUCCACCAGAUCCUCUGAGACCCAAAUCCUUGAAGAAAACCCAGAAGUCAAAAUGUGACGCCACCCAAAGCAAAGGCAAACAUGAGGGGAAUGGGAAAAUUGAAGGCAAACCCAUCAGCAUGACAGGGAGAAGAAAGUGGGGUGUUGCUGAGUCCCAGACGUUAAUCAAGCUCCCCAGAAUCACUCUAGAACCUAUCCCAGAGGGCUCUAGAAAAUGCCAGCCCACCCAUGAAAAGUCCAUGAAGCCAAAGGCAUUACCAGAGAUUAAGGGGAAAAGGAAAGGCAUUUCGACAAAGGCAGAAGUUUCACCCAAGUUUCCCAAGUGUAUUCUGAGCAUAGAGGGAACAAGCAUAACGGGCUCUAAGGAAAGUCAUCCUAGUCAGGAGAAAAAAUGUAAGGAAAAGAGAAAGCUUCCAUUUCAAGAGGAGGGAAGUUUAAAAAACGAAGAGGACAAUCUGGAUAGAGGAAACUCCAAACACUGCCAGGCAGGAUUGGAGAAAAAUGAGAUGGGACCUGAAACCAAAGAGAAGGCCACAGUGAAAGGGAGCACACCAGGCAUUAAAGGGAAAAAGAUCAAAUUGGAAGAGCGCCCCUUGGUGCCAAUCCCAAGGACCAAUCUGGCUUGGCACAUGAUGGAGUCUGUGCAAGUCUUCCAUCCCCUUGGGAAGAAGAAGAGUACAUCCAUGGCGGCCAGAAAUCUCCCUCCACUAACUGCCACCAGCAGUAGCUCUGGGAAUUCACAGGCUCCACAGGAGGUACCUCUCCUGAAGUCCCUGCAUAAGCCAGUGCCCACUACCCAGCCCCCCUCCCUGCCAAGGCCAGCACCCCACUUGGCGCGGAGGCUGGCACCCUUCUCCGUGCCUAGGCAGCAAUCUUCUUCUUCUUCUUCUUCCCAGAGAUUGCCCACCCAUUGUGAACAUCCAUUGCCAAAACCGUUGCCAAAGCCACCAGCUACAUAUGAAAGAUGGCCACCCACCUCACAGCUUUCCCACACCAGCUGGUUAAGACCACAUCCCACCAAUGUUGGAAGGCUGCCCACCCGACCUCACCCACCAGCUGUGCCACGUCAAAGCUCCAGGUUCCUAAGCAACAUCCGACCAUCUGUAACAAGAGCUCAGCCCUUGCAACCACCAGCCUCUCCGCCAUACCGAGGGGAUACUUUUAUUCCCUGGAGGACACCUCCAGAUGACCUUGAGGAAUCCUUGCCGAUAACCGAAGAACAACGGCCCAUCCGAGAGGCAAUGAAAAGGCAAGCACAGAGAGAGAGGGAGGAGGCAUCACACUGGACUUCCAUAGGGAGGGUGAAAUAUUUUGUGGAGCGGGAGAAAGAAAUGAACAUUUCAAAUCACUAUGGGUACCCAUGGCGUCACUGAGGGGUCUAGAGGUUCCCUCCAUUGAAUAAGGCAAGUCAGAGACUAUUGAUGAAAGCAGUGUUUACUUUUUGCCCCAACAUAUGUUUUUUAGGAAUAAGUGUAAGGUUAUUCUAGAGCAACCUCAUUGCAUCCACAGUGUGAGUUUACUAUAGUUUGUAUUGCUCUAAUUUAAUUUAAUUAGAUUAAAUUAAGUUACUCUAUUUAAACAUAAAAAUGUUUACAGUGCAACUUGCCAGUUGCUUUAACUUGAAAAAUGUAAUUAUAUU